AUGGAUCCGUCACAAUUGGAACAAACUCUGCAGGAACUCGAAUCUGGCGACAGCGAUCAAGAACAAAACGAGAAUAACAGCGACUUUGACAUUGGUGCUAAUGACAACGAUAGCUCAUCUGAUCAUGAUAUGGACGAUGUGGACGACGUGGAUCGGUCCAGCACCGAGAACGGGCGCAAAAAUGCAGAAACACAGGAAGAAUCGGUUGAAACGAAACAAGACACAGAAGAUGCUUCGGAAGCCAAACAAUUCCGUGAUCAUUACAUGUCACAAAUGACCCAAGCAUUUGCGACCGAUUUGGAUCAACUUCGACAGGAACCUGAACUUAAUACCGUGCGGUUAAACAUGCUGAUCGAGUCCCUGGAAGCCGGCAUCGACAUUUUCUCGGAUUUGGAACGCAAGAUCAUUGUUGCUAACACCCAUACUAAGUAA